ACCAUACACGGGCACUGCAGUGCACUGCACCUGCCCACACCACAUUCGCUGUUAUAUUAUAUCCAAAAUUAAAGCCAAAAUAAGUCUCGUUGGAGGAACUUGACCUUCAUUUCAUCAAUCAUAUCAUCAGCAGCCAAGCGAUGGGUGCUAUCUCUCGAUUUAUCUCCCACCUCAUCAUCUACUUCACUCUUCUCAUCCUCGAAAUCGUAGUCCUUGUCCGUUCCGUCGCCGGACUAAACCCAAAUUCAGGCAAACGUGUCAUCACCACCACACAGUAUCUCAAACUCAUAGAGCAAAAGAAUCCCACCAUUUGCUACACAAAAAAGUUGAAGGCCACAGAAUGCUCAGUUUGCUUAUCGGAUUUUGAGGAAGGUGACAAGGUUAGGGAGCUGAAAUGCAAGCACACAUUUCACCAGGAUUGCCUUGACAAGUGGCUGCAACAGUAUUGGGCCACCUGUCCACUUUGCAGGACUAAGGUGUUGUCGGACGAUGUUGUGGCUAGUUAUCAUCGGCUGAGAAAUCAGGUAGAAUACGACGGCCGAGACGAGGAGUUGAUUUUCUUGUUAUCUUCGUUGCAGGGUAAUACAUUACAUAGAUUUUCCUAAUCAGACUGUCCUCUAAGUUGAAUUAGUAUUCUAUAUAUAAAUGUUUCUUUUUUAAUAUUCCCUUUUUGUUCCCUAGCUAUCUGUAUAAUAUAAACGCAUUAUUAUUUUACUUUACUGUUUUUUCCUUUUUA